AUGGAGUGAGUGGAUUGUAUGCUAAUCCCAUUACGCCGUUUGGUGACAUGUGAGCACAGAUUAAAGCAGAUUAGGAGCAGAGCACCAUUCUCACUUAGACCGAGUAUGAAGUCACACUUGUCUGUUCCCUUAAAGGAAUAACAUUUACAUCUUUCAAGUAGGUGCAGGGACAUUGUGACGUUCCAUAGAAGUGGCGGGAGGAGACAGAAGUGCUGCUCUCCUUGGCCUACCCUGUCCAUCAGCUGGCCUUGUUGUGGCCCGGACUAUGUACCAAAGGUCUGAUUUAGGACAGAGAUAUGACUGCAUGAAUGUUUAACCAACUGUGCUAAUAGGGAUAUCAGUGUGUGUGUGUGUGUGUGUGCGUACAUGGAGAGGUGAAGGACAUGAUAGGUUAGAGUGACAGUGGCUUCACAAAUACAGAGGGGCAAAACCUAUACUUAUCAGCAGAGAGACCGAGAAAACAGUAAUGACUGCAGCUAGUGUAGACCUAGAAACUUUGUUAUAUUCACUCAUUAAAAAAAACAUAUCUUUGACCGAGCUGUGGCAAGCUAGUGUGAUGCUCCAUUUAGAAGGUUUACAGGGUGGCUUAAGAUUACUGGAGCACUGCUAAUUCAAGUUUAUAGGUAAGUUUUGUUAGUUUGUUUGAGGUUCCAUGGCUAGUUGCAGUCUUGGAAAUAGCAUUGAGUUUAGAAGAUUGCAACAAGGAACAGUAUUGUGGGAGCAGUCGCUGAGGUACAAGUGUGACACAUAGAGUGUGUUUGUGUGGGGGCUAUUGACAGUGUAUGAAUUGAAAGGACCAAGAUAUUGUGAAAGUGAAGAGGAACAGCCAGAAGGUUUAUCUACAUCCUUAUCACUGCCGCCACCACCAACACAGCCAUGGCCAACGCUGCUCUAGAACUUAUGGGCUUCUUCCUAGGUCUGCUCGGCAUGCUGGGGACGCUGGUGUCCACUUUGCUGCCUUACUGGCGGAUGUCCGCCCACAUUGGGUCCAACAUCGUUACGGCCGUCACAAACAUGAAGGGGCUCUGGAUGGAGUGCGUUUACCAAAGCACCGGGGCAUUCCAGUGCGAGACCUACAACUCCAUGCUUGCCCUGAGCUCUGACCUCCAAGCCUCUAGGGCCCUCAUGGUGGUCUCAGUGGUCCUUUCCAUCCUGGCCAUUGCUAUCUCUACUGUGGGCAUGCAGUGCACUGUUUGUAUGGAGGGCACGGCGGUUAAAAGCCGGGUGGCCGGUACCGGCGGAUGCCUUUUCCUCACGGCAGGAUUCCUGGCUCUUAUCCCAGUGUCAUGGACAACCCACGAGGUGGUCCACAACUUCUACCAGCCCGCUGUGCCCAGUAGCAUGAAGUACGAGCUGGGGGAGUGUCUGUACGUGGGGCUGGCUGCCGCUAUGCUCUCCAUGCUGGGAGGCGGGCUGCUCUGUGUGUCCUGCUGUGAGAUGCAGGACAGGGGGCACGGCGGAGGGAGAAGGCACGGCGCAGGGUACCCCUACCCGGGGGGGCCCACUGGGGGGGCCAGGAACAGCUCACACACCUACAGGAGCCCAACACUCCAGAUGGCAGCCAGCGCUGCCGCCAAAGCGACAACUCUGGCAAGGAGUCACACUAGCACUACGACCCAGUCCAGCAGCCCCGCCCAGGGGGCCAAGAAUAAUCCACGACAUAACCCAGUGGCGGGCUAUGAUGUUACUGGGUAUGUCUGAUCGCACGAAAACACACCACGCAGACUCUUACAUGGUGCAGGGAAUAACGAGCGUAACUGGUGCAUGUUCGGAGCUAGCAUUGUGUGGGUGGGGGGGGUUUGUGACAAACUAUCGUGUGACAAGACUUGUACAGCACAAGUGAACUUCUGAUGAAUUAUCUCAAUGAACUUCUGAUCAAUUUGUACUACAUGUACAGUGAGGCAUUUUUUUUUUGAUCCUUUGCUGAUUUUGUACGUUUACCCACUGACAAAGAAAUGAUCAGUCUAUAAUUUUAAUGCUAGGUUUUUUUUAACACUGAGGGACAGAGUAACAACAAAAAAAUCCAGAAAAACACAUGUCAAAAUGUUUGCAUUUUAAGGAG